AUGAGGAGUGGCACUCAGGACUUCUUCCAUCGGUUGACCAUGGCCCAUCCGACUGCUCUUCAGCCUGCCUCUAUGCUCAACCUUGAAUGGUGGGACAUGAGGGAGUACGACCCUCUAGACUGGUACACGGGCAAAUUCCAAGACGCAGCCACCCACAUAGCCACCCACCCAACCGCCAUUGCAGGGGAGGUGACCCCCUCGCUGCUUACCCACUCAGGGAUUCUGGCUCGAGGGCCGCACGCACGCCAAUUCCUGCUUCCAGAGCUAAUCUUCUCGAUGCUCCCGCAUGCGCGGUUUAUCGUGCUGCUCCGCAACCCCAUCCACCGUUGGUUCUCUUCUUUCCUGUCUGCGAAGCAGCAAGACGAUUCACACAUCACCUUCGACGGCAGCGACAGCAGCAGCAGUGCAGCGGACGCUUUUUCGCGGCACGUAGAUGCGGUGUUACCCGCAAUUAAAGGGUGUAUGGUGGAUCAUUCCCCUGUCUACUGCUCCCGCCUGCUCUUCCACUCCUUCCCCCACGUGUGCCGCAGCAUGUAUGCCUACUUCCUAUCGGACUGGCUGGAAGUCUAUCCUCGGAAAAACUUCCUCUUCAUAAAGUUUGAGGAUUAUAUAUCAGAUCCAAAGCUACACCUCGUUCAAGCCAUGAAGUUCCUUCAAGUACCUUCAGAAGAAAUCGAUAAAAUCUCAGAUGACACGUGGAGAGAUGUUACAGGUCAAGCAGUCGUGGGUGCACGGGAGCAAGAGCAAGGGCAGGGACAGGACAUGCACCCUAAGACUAGAGAAGUGUUACAGGAUUUUUUUCUUCCUAUCAAUACAGACCUAGCCAGGUUGUUGCGGGAUGGCAGUUUCUUGUGGAAAUGA